UUGCGAGGUUCUUGAUAUGUUCAUGCAUCAAGAGGAGUUGGUUGCUAAUAAUAUAUAUGGCUAACUAUGGCGAUGUCAAGGACACUCAAAGAGGAAAGACCUAGCAAUGCUGAUAAGCGUCUGGCAGGAGUUUACCUUCCACCUGCCAAGGUGGCCCGAAUCAUGGAGGACCUUCAAGAUAAAAGCAGCAUUCAGUACCAACGUUUGACCUGGGAUGCCCUGCGAAAGAGCAUUAACGGUCUUCUGAACAAGGUCAAUGCUACCAAUAUCAAGAAUAUAAUUCCAGAGUUAUUUGCAGAGAACCUCAUCAGGGGCAGGGGUCUAUUCUGCCGCUCCAUUAUGAGGUCACAAAUGGCAUCUCCUGGGUUCACAAACGUUUUUGCUGCACUGGCCGCUGUUGUGAAUUCUAAGUUUCCGGUGGUGGGAAAACUUCUAUUGGGAAGAAUGCUCUUGCAGCUCAAAAGAGCAUGUAAACGGAAUGACAAGCCUCAACUAAUUGCUGCCCUGAAAUUCAUAGCCCAUUUAGUGAACCAACAAGUUGCUCAUGAAAUAAUUGGGUUAGAAGUACUCACACUGUUGCUCGAGAAUCCUACGGAUGACACUGUAGAGGUGGCCGUCGGUUUUGUUAGUGAAUGUGGAGCAAUACUGCAAGAUUUUUAUCCCAGAGCGUUUCAUGGAAUAUUUGAGUGUUUUCGAGGGAUUCUUCAUGAAGGAGAAGUAGACAAAAGGGUUCAGUUUCUAAUUGAAGGCCUAUUUGCAAUACGGAAAGAAAAGUUCAAGGGCUAUCCAGCUGUUCGUCCAGAACUAGACCUUGUAGAGUCAGAAGAUCAGUUGACUCAUGAAAUCUCUCUACAAGAAGAGAUAGAUCCUGAGAUUGCUCUUGAUAUAUUCAAAGCUGAUCCAAAUUUCCUCGAGAACGAGAAGCGUUAUGAAGGGUUGGAGAAAAGAAUACUUGCUGAGAGAUACGAGGGGAAGGAUAAAUCGGAUGGUGGAUCAGAUGAUGACGACGAGGAUGGCAUAGAAGAAGCUGAAGAAGAAAAUGAGCAGCAGAUGCAAAUAAUUGAUGCAACAGAGACCAAUCUUGUGAAUCUCAGAAGGACAAUUUAUCUGACAAUUAUGUCCAGUGGAAAUUUUGAGGAAGCUGGGCAUAAGCUUCUAAAAAUUAGACUUGAGCCCGGUCAAGAGAUGGAGUUAUGCGUUAUGCUGCUGUUGGAAUGUUGCAGUCAACAAAAAAUUUACCGAGAAUUUUAUGCUGAAGUUGGGGAAAGGUUUUGCAAGAUCAAUAAGGUGUAUCAGGAAAAUUUUGAGAAAUGCUUUGUCCAGCAAUAUUCUAUGGUUCAUAGGUUUGAAACUAAUAAGAUACUAAAUGUAGCUAUGUUUUUUGCCGACAUACUUUGCAGGGAUGCUCUCCCAUGGCAUGUCUUGUCUUAUAUUCGCUUGACUGAAGAAGACACCACAUCUUCAUCUCGGAUUUUUAUCAAGUUCCUUUUCGAGGGACUGGCAGAUCGUCUGGGCGUUCAAGUGUUGAAUGAUCGACUCAAAACGAUGCAGGAUUCGCUUGAAUCAAUUUUUCCUAGGGAUUGUCCAACCAACACAACAUUUUCAAUCAACUUCUUCACGGAGAUCGGGCUUGGCUGUGUGACGGAAAAUUUACGAGAACAUUUGAAGAAUAUGCCUGAAAAAAAGAGGAGGAAAUUAGGAAGAUGUUAGUACCAGAUUUUUUUUUUCGGGCGAAUUGGACAAUUGAAGCCAAGUUGAAACCUGGAUUUAUGAUCUGAAUGCCUUUCAGAUCCAAGGCUGAAUUCUAUAGCAAAUUCUGAUUUGGUUCU